AUGGUCAUUCGGUAUGUGGAUUUGACUGAGCAGUCAUUGGAAAGGUCAAUCGAAGCAGAUUUUGCUAAAGAAAAGUGGACUCCUAAAAAUCAUGGAUGUGAAACUUCCGAAGAUGUCGUAUGGAAGCUUCAAGAAUUGCAGUCAUUUAUCCUGAACUUGCACUGGCCGGAGCCAGAGUUUGCUGAGCAUCUUGAAAAACGUGUCAGAUCCAUGGCAUCGGAUAUGAUAGCAAAAUACGUCGAGAGCACUAUGACGGCCUUUGGGCAAUGGCUUAAUCGCGCUCGACGUUCCUGCGACUACAUCCUACCGAGCGAAGUAUGCGUGAUGAUCAACGUUGUUUUCGACGCUCGCAAUCAGCACAUGUACCAUUCAACGAUCGAUACAUAUCUCGAGAAAGUAUUAGACAGUAUGGCAAAGAUGGUUAUCGAAAAGCUGCUUGGCGUACUGGAAAACACCAUAGUGAAACUUUCGAGGUACGACGAAGGAAAUCCAAUUGGAACUAUCCUUUCUAUCGCGCCUAAACCGAACAAUUUCUUCUCGAAGAUGAAAUCGAUGGUUACCGAAGCGCCUAUGUUGGUGCAGUCGUCCACAGUGCAGCAGAAGCCUUCUAUCAAGAAGCAAAAUAGCAGCCAUAUGGGACACGAUUACGUGAAUUUCAACAGGGCGUGUGCGGAGCAGUUGCGGCAGUUGGUCUGUGACGAAAUCUACGUCAAUCGAUUGUUCGAACACUGGUACGAAGGGCAAGUGAAACUCGUUCAGAACUGGCUUACCGAGAGGCUGGAUCGUUCGCUUUCUCCUUACCAGUUGCAAUGCUUAACGUUUAUAAUCAAGAAACUUUACUCAGACUUCGAACUGCAUGCUAUCGACGAGGAGAAGCUGAAUUCAGAAACAUAUAAAAGCAUCUGUAAAAGGAUCCAGUUGGAAGAGACUAACGCCUCACUUUCUGAAAACGCCACUCGAAUGGAUACUGAGAAUGAAGAUGAAGAGUACUUUUCUGGAUCGAAUGAUUUCGUGAAGGUGGUAGUUCGUGUGCGGCCAGUCGAUUCUAGCGUUGACCCCUCGUCUCAGAUUUGCGUCAACGUCCUUGACCGUGAAAGUCUUACAUUGCCGACCCGACCGGCAAUUCAAACGUUCACCUUUGAUCACCAUGGCACCGCGAUUCAGUUCUUAUGCAAGUGCUCGUUCGUUGAACUGUACCAAGAAAAAUUUUUCGAUUUGCUGGAAACGAGCAACUGCGGACUGCAAAUAAGAGAAAGUAUGACGCAAGGUGUCCUCAUUGAAGGAUUAAGCGAACGGGUUGUUCUUUCUGCGGCUGAAACUAUCCAGGUCCUCCAAGAAGGACUGAUGAACAGAAGGAUAGCAUCAACAGCGAUGAACCGCGAGAGCUCUCGAAGCCAUGCUGUGUUUACGCUGUCUAUUGAAUCAAAGAUAAAGAAAGCCAACGUGACGAACUUGCGGGUUUCGCAGUUGCAUCUCGUGGAUCUGGCGGGCAGCGAACGUCAGAGAGGUUCAACGGUCGACGAUCUUCGCCUAAAAGAAGCGUGCUACAUCAAUAAAUCACUUCACGUACUGGGUAGUGUGAUCUCGGCUUGCAUCAGCGAGACGCUGUCAACUCUGCAAUUCGCGCAAAGAGCGAAACUCAUCCGCAACCGCGCUGUCAUUAACGAGGACAUCUGCAGUGACAAUGUCGUUGAACUGCAGAACGAGAUCAAGCGACUACAGCAGCAGCUGCUUGCCACGCUUCCCGCUGACGGAAACAGGGAAACAGAAACUGAAAUCAUACCCUAUGAGUCGACGGACCACAUGUUGACCUCUAUUCGAUGGGAUGAAGAGUUUUUGAAGGCCAUGCGCCUCGUUAAGAGGUUUUCCUUAGAAAAGGAGGCUUUUUCGGCGAACGCUAACGGUUGGAAAGUGUUAUAUGAAACUACCGAAAGGCGCUUCAGGCGCAAGUUUUUUGAACUACGGCAGUUCGAAGCCCGACUGAACUCAUACAAAAGUUGUUUGCAGCGGUUCGCUGAUGAGCAUGGCCUUCCCAUGCCGGUCAAUGACUGCGAUAUCGAGACUCGUAUAUCCGAUUCGGAUAUGGACUCACCGUGCGACAACGAGUUCCAUUUUCGAUAUGAAAACGAACAGCUUAAGGAAAAGAUUAGGAUCUUGGAAGCUUCCGAAGCCAUUAUGCAAUGGUUGUCAACGGAAAAACCAUAUCAGUCGCAACUGCUCACACUCCUGGACGAAGUGAAUGGCAUGUCCAACGAAGUUAUGGACGUCGAAGGAUCAGAAGAGGGGUCCAACUGUCUCGUGAUGACCGAUAUGGCUCAGUUUUUAAAUGAUCGAAGAAAACUUGAGGAAAAAUACGAACAGAUUGUGGACCAGAAGACAGCUGAACUCUUAGAGGCGAAUCGACAGAUAACUGAACUUCAGAAAGCCCUUAGAGCGUCAGAUCUUCAAAAAAAAUUAGUAGGCGAUAUACACAUGUCGAUUUUAAAGAAACUGAGCUCGACGUGCAACAACCAUCCUGAUGAUCCUUCGAAGGCUGUUGGCUGUUCCCUCUUCAGCCCAUCAUUGUGUAGCAAGACUCCGGUUCGUUCUGUCGCUGAUUCUUUUUCAUCCACGGUGUCAUCCCCACUUUCGGAGUCUUUGAUGGAAGACAUACGCAGAUAUCAGGUAUGCAUUUAUCUUCGUUGUUCACUAAUGACCCAAGAACUUGUGAAGGAAGUCAAUAUGGAAGUAGAAAACAGACUUCAAGAGUGUUGCAGAAAAGUUGUUGAGUUAGAAAGCGAGGUCGAGAUGUCGAAUGCGGAUCGAAUCGCAUUGGAAAGUCGGUUGGCGCUUGAACGCAGAUGCGCUGAUGAACAAAGGAAGUGCUUGGACGCCGAAAAGCAAGCUUUGAACGACCAACUGGCUGAAAUUGCGCAUGUUUUGGAACAAACAAAGGAUCAAAAUGCUGAGCUGAUGUCCGUAAUGCAGAAGAAUGAGCAAGAAAAUGCGCGAUUGAAACGGGAUGUGGAAUCAUUAAAGGCUGGUUCGAGUGGCUUAACAGAAAAGGUAAGCCAUUUGACUACGGAUAGAAUUGAUUUCAUUCUUUCACAUAGUUAAAG